GACAAUAAUGACAAUUGACACAAGCAUUUAAUAAAUAUAAUAGAAGUAUAUAUGGUGUUCAAAAUAAUUUAUUUCAUGUUCAUUUAACACUGAAUUUUGGAUUUAAAAAGUUCAUUUAUAGAAUUUAGCUUUGUAGCAUUUUAUUUAGGGCAUUCAGUAAAUGCAUAUAUUGGAGUAAGUUACUUUAUAUAAUUUAUAAAAUCGUUAUUAAAACUUAGCAAUCUACAUUUCUACAUAAUACAAUGAGUUCAGGAUUUAUAACUGAAUCGGAAGUAAUAGAAAUCAGGAAACGGCGGCAAGAAGAAUGGGAAAAAGUACGAAAAGCAGAUGAUCCAAAGGAACGUCCAGAAGAACCGUACGAUAAUAGAAGUUUGUAUGAAAAAUUACAAGAACAAAAACAGAAAAAGGACCUUGAGUAUGAAGAAGCACACAAAUUAAAAAAUAUGAUAAAAGGUCUAGACGAUGAUGAAAUAGAAUUUCUAGAUCUGGUGGAUCGCACAAAAACUGAAGCUGAUCGAAAAAAAGAACAAGAAGAGGAACAAGAACUACGAGAUUACAGGAACAGGGUAUCUAUUUUACAAGAAAAGUCAAUAGAUGAAAGACUUCAAGCUGAAAUUGUUGUCAACAAGACAAAGAGAGAGAAACAACCCAACUCUCAACAGAAAUUACUAAAGGGUGUUGUUAUAAAGAAACCUGAAAAUCAGAAAAGGAAAAUAGAUGAGGUUGAUAAUAGUGAAGAAACAAAUGUAAAGAAACAGAAGAACCCUGAAAAUCAGAAGAAGAAAAUAGAUGAGGUUGAUAAUAGUGACGAAACAAAUGUAAAGAAACAGAAGAAACCUGAAAAUCAGAAGAGGAAAAUAGAUGAGAUAGAUAAUAGUGAGGAAACAAAUGUAAAGGAACAAGCAAUUAUUGAUGUAGAUGAUAAGUCAACUAAAAAUACACAAACUCCAGUUGCAGAGGAAGCUUCAAACACAGGUUUAAAGUGUGUUGCAAUUUUGCCAGGAAUAGGUUGUUACCAGGAUUCGUCUUCUGAUAAUGACGACAGUUCAGAUUCUGAUGAUGAACCAUCACCAUGUAGGCAAAUAGAUCUUCUAGGUAGAAAAAUUGUAAUAAAACAAGCUGAAAGCAAAUAGCCAACAAUAUGAGUGGACAAGGAAAUGUACAGAAGUAAAUGUUCACCACAUAAUUUUUCUAAUGAAAAUAUGUUAUGUUGUAUGCGCAUGUUGUAUUUAUAGAAUAUUAAAAAUGUCAAAUAUUAAAAAAGAAUGAAAAGUUUAA